AUGCUCGCGAAAAAGGAACACCCUUGGGUUACCCUGAACGGUGAUGACCCUCUCCUGAGCACCGAGGAGAACUGUGCCAACCCGAUUGAGCCACCUAAUGCUCUGGAACUCAACCACGCGUUUACGCAGAAUAUGGGGAAUCUACUAUGUGUCCUGAAAGCCAUCCGCAAAUUCAAGGGCCUGCUCCGUUCGAGGAACCGGGACCCGAGCUUGACUGUGCCCCCGCUCGCCAUCGAUGUUGCGGAUCUCGGUUCACAAGUUUCGUCGAUCCGCGUCUCAUCCGACCAAGAACGGAUGACCGAAGACGAGGUGGCCCGCGUCGUAGAAGAACGAAGAAACAACAUUCGGAAAGCAAGUCUCCAGACCAGUCGGCUCCUUGGUGCUACGGCUGUGGAGGGACAAGGGGGCGGUUCAACAAGUGCUAGAGGAGACGACACUGGCGGUAGAGAGAAUGGUACAGGCAUUGGUGUCGACCAGCCAACGCUGCUUCUUGGCAUCGGAACGGGUGGUGGUGACGAGUUUGGGCCCGACAGGCAGUACGACGAGCCCGAGGACAUCGUAUCCGAGUCUCCGACGACGGCCGAAUUCGACGUCUACGAUCGUGCUUUCCAGUCAGAGGUGGCCCGUAUCCAAAGCCAAGGUAGCAAGUCCAAAGUCUACCCCACCAAAGUUCUCGAGAGCAUAACCAGAGGCAGCGGUGGCAGCGGAAUGGCCGACAUCGUGGCACGCCUCAUGACGGAGAGACAACAAUAA